UGGCCCCCUCCUCCUCUCGACUCCCCGCUCCCGCUCCUCUUCCCUCCCUCGCGUAGUGUUUGGCGUUACCAUGGAGUCUGGAGAGGCCCGCGGAUGCUGUUUGUUGCCAGGGUAACCCGAGCGGCAGAAGGCAACCGUGGCGGCGGCUGCAGGGCUGCGAUGGUGACCAACCCGGUGCACGGCCUGCCCUUUCUCCCGGGCUCGUCCUUUACGGACUCCACGAAAACAGCAUUCCACAGAAGCCAGACGCUCGGCUACAGGAAUGGCUAUGCAGUUACCCGACGUCCGACCGUGGGCAUAGGCGGAGACCGGCUCCACUACAACCAGCUCUCUCAGGCUGAGCUGGAUGAGUUGGCCAACAAAGCACCCGUCUUAACCUAUGGGCCACCCAGGCCGCCCCCUCCUGCGGAGUUUGUUCCUGCUCAUGUGGCCUUUGACAAAAAGGUGCUGAAGUUUAGCGCCUACUUCCAAGAAGAUGUCCCUAUAUCAACCGAGGAGCACUAUCGAAUCCGCCAAGUGAACAUUUACUACUAUCUAGAAGAUGACAGCAUGUCCGUCGUAGAGCCGGUUGUGGAGAACUCUGGGAUCCCACAAGGCAAGCUAAUCAAACGCCAGCGGCUAGCCAAGAACGACGUGGGAGACCAUUACCAUUGGAAAGACCUCAAUCGGGGAAUCAACAUCACAAUUUAUGGCAAGACUUUUCGAGUUGUUGACUGUGACCAGUUCACACAGGAAUUUCUGAAAAGUCAAGGAAUUGAAUUAAAUCCGCCAGAGAAGAUGGCUCUUGACCCUUACACUGAACUCCGGAAAGAGCCUGUUUGUAAAUUCGUCACCCCAUCAGACUUUGACCAGCUGAAGCAAUUUCUCACCUUUGACAAGCAAGUUCUUCGAUUCUAUGCCAUCUGGGAUGACACGGAUAGCUUGUUCGGGGAAUGCCGGCACUACAUCAUUCACUACUACCUCAUGGACGAUACAGUGGAGAUUCGAGAGGUCCAUGAACGGAACAACGGACGAGACCCGUUCCCACUCCUCAUGAACCGCCAGCACAUGCCCAAGAUUUUGGUGGAGAAUGCAAAGAACUUCCCUCAGUGUGUGCUGGAAAUCUCCGAUCAAGAGGUGCUGGAGUGGUACACUGCCAAGGACUUCAUCGUGGGAAAGUCCCUCACCAUCCUCGGGAGGACUUUCUUCAUUUACGACUGUGAUCAGUUCACCCGACAGUACUACAAAGACAAGUUUGGAAUGCCCGAUUUACCACGCAUCGAUGUGACCAAGCAUGAGCCACCUCCUGUAAAACAGGAGUUACCUCCAUAUAAUGGCUAUGGGCUAAUUGAAGAUUCUGCUCAGAACUGUUUUGCUCUCAUUCCCAAAGCUCCCAGGAAAGACAUCAUUAAAAUGUUGGUGAAUGACAACAAGGUGCUCCGCUAUCUAGCUGCACUGGAGUCCCCUAUCCCAGAAGACAAAAACCGUCGCUUUGUCUUCUCUUAUUUUCUUGCCACUGAUAUGAUCAGUAUCUUUGAGCCUCCUGUUCGAAAUUCCGGUAUCAUCGGGGGCAAGUUCCUGGGCAGGACUAAAGUUGUUAAACCAUUCUCUUCAGUUGACAACCCCGUCUACUAUGGACCAAGUGACUUCUUCAUCGGUGCCGUGAUUGAGGUGUUCGGUCAUCGAUUCAUCAUCCUUGAUACAGAUGAGUACGUUUUAAAGUACAUGGAGAGUAACGCUUCCCAGUAUUCACAAGAAGCCCUCGCCUCAAUCCAGAACCGUAUCCGAAAGCAGGAUGCUCCCCCACAGGAUGCUCCCCCACAGGAUGCUCUUGCACCAGGAUCAGAAAGCAUGCAAGCCACGGAGGAACCCAAGGCACAGGACCUGGAUACCCUGAUAGACACAAUCCAGAUGCACCUGAAAGACCAUUCCUGCAAAGAUAACCUCUGUGAAACGUUUCAAAUAUACGACAAGGAGGAGUCAGGAUUUGUGGACAAAGAGGUGUUCUUUAAAGUCUGUGACACUCUUAAUAUCCCAGUCGAUGACUCCUUGAUUAAGGAGGGGUUACAAGAAUCAGAUCUCCCGUUCUGUCCUGAGGACAGGAUUUUCCACACCACAGCAUCAACUUCCUUUUCAAAUUGUUGCUGCAGGAUGUCUCUUAAGCUGGGGCUGGGAACAGAUAGCAGAGAAGUUGCUAGACCAGCAUGUUAGAGAUGGAAGGUAGGUGAUCGUGAGGCACCAGCUGCCAAGGAGGGACCCGAAGAUAAGUUAAUGAACAGGUUGUUUGCGGGCUCUGGGAGACUUCAAGGUCAGCCUCUCACGAUGAGCAUGGAAGCUGAUAUGACCCCUGCCCAAGGCAGCAGUGUCUGUAGGGUAACAAGUUUUGCUGAAGAUGGGGGAGAAGGAAUGGAAGUGUUCCUCCUAGAACUUUUAUGAUUGUUAAAUAAGGAUGGCAUUUCUUUUACUCGCUACAAAUCUUGAUGGCUAGGACCCUUGCUGGAAGUCAGAACAAAAUUUACCCCACCCUGGCCAGGACUUUAGCUUAAUAUCAUGACCUACUCAUUGAUUAACAACACGGAGGCUUUAUUGACCUUCCCGAAGGUUUUCAAGCAAGAGGGAACGUUUGGAAAUUAAGGUUCAUUUAGGAAAUGGUUUAGUUGAAGUAACUAGGUUAAGUAACUAGGACGGAGGGUCUUGUUUGGUCUUUUUGAAGACAGAAUGUUGACAAGGAGUAUGAGAGGAGGGCACUUCUUCACGUGGGCUAAAUACCUAUUUACUCUAGAAGUCUUUGAUUGACAGCAUGGCUAAUUCAGUUUUUAUUUUCAAGUCAUUCAUACUGUGUGACAUGGGAGCGGACAUGAGAAAGGAAAUGCAGCCAUUGGGAAGUGGAAUGUAGAGGCUGGGCAAGGCAGAUGUUGUACAGACAACCGCAGCCAAUCACUGUUACCAUCACUGUUGAGUCCAGGGGACAUUGAAAGCAUGGCUAUAACUAGAUCUUCCAUUAGGCUGCAACAGUAGGAGCCUGCAGUUUAGGGGUGUUUAGUUCUUGGGAGAAGGCAAAAUAUUUAU